CCAGAGUCUACAGAAGUGACUUUGACCAACAGAAUUGAAGAAGUGCUACGAGGGGGUAGAGGUACAAAUCACAUUACUUUCUCAACCAUUAGAUUGCAUAAGCAUGGAACACGAAAUAAACAGUUCACGUUUUAUAAUGUAUUAUUACUACCCUAAGGCUAUGGGUCAGGCAUAUGGAAUUAAGUUAUUUGAUUCCGACUCCAGGCCAUUUAAACAUGAUUCAAGAGUUGACUAUAUUUUUUUAGAUAAAUAAUAAUUUGAGAAAAGCAUUUUAUAAUAAUAAUCAGAGCCAGUUCCUGACUUCAAAUCUACAACUUUAAGUGCUCCCCUGAUUUGAGUUAUCUUGAAGUUUGUUUUUUUUUCUUCUUUUUUUUGGUCAUUUUUAUCCUCAGCUUCAGGUAAAUUUUAUAAGGGUAAAAUUGAAUUAAUGUUACAGAUCAAAGGAACUGGUCCCCAAGCACUGUCUCCCGUCAGGCGGAUACUUCUAUAGAGAAAUGGCAGGAUUCUGUGGGAACACAGUUCAGUCCCAGGAAUUUGUUUAUCAAAGAUCAGACUCCUGAUAGACAAAUAUUUCUAGGAAAUGCGUCUUUCACAGACAUUUCCUCUCCUUUCAAGACUCUGGACAUCAGGUCCCCAUCUUCAUCCCUAGUCAACUUUACAAAUUCACCACAGUUUAUUCAGAAGGUAGUGAAUGAUUAAUUGCCUGCAUGUCCAAAUUUGUUGCUUUUUUUUUCUGGGUGAUGUUUGUGAAAAUGGUUUCCCAGACAGGCUCAGUUGAAUCCUUUCAGGCAAUAAUCUGUGAUGUACUUAUAUUUACUUAUUUUUGAUAUAAUGCAGCCAAAAUGUAUAUCUAACUUCAGCAUAGAAGUUUGUUCUAGUUAGCAUCAACCUUCGGAUGUUCUUUGACUUUUUCAAUUUUAUCACAAGUCUGAGGCCAUGUUUAGUUGAUCUCAUUAGUGGAGAACUGGUGUUCAUUCAUUCUACUUGGCUGAAAACUUUUUGACUAGUCAUGAUUUUAACAUGAGACUGUCAAGUCACUGUCCUGUUUUUAUUACACUAGUUGGCUCACAUCUUGGCAAAAUUUAAGUUCAUUAUGUUUACACAUAAAUAUAAAUUUCUAUUUUGGUUGUUCUUAAAGACAUUAGUUGAAGAGUUGUAAGAGAGAAUACAAAUUUUGCCUCAACCUGCUAUCUGCAACAAUUAUUGCAUUUUAACUCGUUCAACACAUUAACUUAACUAAAAGUGCUUUUAAAUAUUCGUGGGGGGAAAAAUCAUCAUAUCAUUCCAUUGCCAAUAUAUUGCUAGAUUAAAUUAAACAUUUUAUUUUGAAGGCUUUAAUAAAGGAAAAAGAUGUUGAGCUUCGUAAGUUGAGGGAGCUGCUCAACACAGAGAUCCUUCUAAAGGAGGAGGCACAGCUUAAUCUACAGGAUAA